AUCUGUGUGAUGUGCUGGACAAAAACAAGUUUAAAGGAUCUGGUACUAAGGUCUUGGUGCCAGAUACUGUACCACAGCACACCUUCGGACGUCUUGUGGAGUCCAUGCAUCCACGGGUCAGAGCUAUUUUAGGUGGCACAAGAGGGACCUACACAAUAUUAGGCAAUUGGUUCAAUCGGUUAUUACCAUGGCGACGAUAACAAAUCAGCUGAGGGCUAUAUAUAAUAAGCUCGGGUCUCUAUUUAAUAUUGCACACUGAGCUGUGUGUGAGUGUGCGAGUGUGUGUGUGUGUGUGUGUGUGUGAGAGAGAGAGAGAUAGUGUAAAGGAGGGUUGGACAUUGUGAUACGCCUCCGUCCAACUACACCACAUCAGAUUACUUUAACGGGUUCCAAAACCGAUCUCCCGGUGUAAUCUAUUCAGUUAGAGAUCUGAAAUGGCGGAUAUGUUGUGGACUUGGGUGUUUUUGGCGUUCUCCGCGCACUUAGUGGUGUCAUAUACAGGCAGUAAAUGUGGCUCUCCGACUGUGUAUCAGGACAAUCUGUUGGAGGAAACGUACAAAGGAAAGCGGGAGUUUAAUAACGGAGACAGAGUGAUGUAUAGAUGUGCGCGCGGCUACACGCACAGCCACGGCGCGCGCGUCUCCUUGUGUCAGGAUGGAGAGUGGAGUCUUCUGGAGAUGCAGUGCAAAAGGAAAAGGUGCGGUUCUGCUGGAGAGAUACCGAACGGGCGAUUCAUACAGACGGGCAACGCCUUUGAGGACAUAGCCUAUGCAGUGUGCAAUGAAGGCUACGUUCUACAAGGAGAGGUCAUUAGGGAAUGCCUGGUUAACGGAUGGAGUGGAACGGUUCCUACUUGUGUAGCCUCUGACACACCAGUAAUGUGUCCACUACUCAAGAACAAUAAAAAUGCUACAUUUUAUGGAACAAAGGUCACAUAUGAACCCGGAGAGACCUUACCCUACUCGUGCAAUUUUGGGUUCCAGCUGAUUGGCAGUAUCAGCGUUCUGCAGUGUGAGAAAACUGGCAAGUGGAACCCUAGUCAUGCAAAUUGUCAAAAGAUCAAUUGUGAGACAUUUUCUAUAGCCAACGGUAAAGUAAAGUUUAGUUAUAUAACCUUUAACAUGAAAGUAAGUAUCAGCUGUGAUGUUGGGUACCGCCUCAGAGGGCCGAGUGUCGUCACGUGUGGAGCAAACAGCUCCUGGACUCCAGCUCUACCCACCUGUGAAGAGGAGCUCGUACGGGUCACAUGCCCAGCCCCAGCCGUGCCCAACAGCAGCGGACAGGACGGAUACGAGAUAGAGUAUGAAGUCGGAGAACACGCCACCAUCUCCUGUAAGGAAGGCUUCGAGCUGAUUGGCUCACCACAGGUCAUCACAUGUGGAGCAGACGGCCAAUGGCUGGGAAGGCCGGAAUGUCGUUUUACUGGAGGGAAAUGCCAGCCUCCGCCGUACUUCCCUCAUGCCCACACCGAGCUCAUUAACCUGAGACACUACGAGCCCAACACUGCCGUGCGUUUCAGAUGUAAUCACGGCUACCGCAUGGUCCGAGGACCGAGCACCAUAUACUGCAGGAACGGCCAGUGGACCAAGUUGGAGAUGAUAUGUGAAAAGAGAAAAUGUGGCUCGGCCGGCGAGAUUAUAAACGGACGUUAUCACUACACAGGCUCUUCGUUCGGGGACACAGCUACGGCCAGCUGUGACGAAGGGUACCACCUGGUCGGCGUGGCUGAAAGACACUGCAGGGCAUAUGGAUGGGACGGCAGAGUAGCUGUGUGUGAGGCUAUCCAGUGCCCUGAGCCUCCAAUGGUGCCACAUGCAGACCUAUUUUUUGACACAAAUGGAAUAAUAAAAUAUAGUUAUGUGGCCUCAUACAGAUGUCGCUUUGGAACAUUGAUUGGAGAUUCAGACAUCAUCUGCACUGAAGAUGGCACAUGGAGUGCUCCAGCUCCUCGGUGUGAAGUUGCUACCUGCCCUGUCCCCAUCAUCAGGAAUGCGUUAAUAGUUUCUGGAAUGAGGCUUCGAUACCAGUCCGGGAACUCCGUGAUAUUCCGUUGCAGGCCAGGAAGAAGAUUAUCAGGCCCUGAUAUGAUCACGUGUGGGAAAGAUGGACACUGGAAGCCAAGACUUCCUCAGUGUGUAUUCUGGUAUUGUUGGAUUUUUCCUACAUAUAAAUCUCUGGAUAUGGCGGUCAUGGUAUGGACCUGCGUGUUUUUGGUGUUCUCGCAUCUAGUGGUCCCUCAGACUUCAUCUCCAAUCACUACCUCCGCAGACCCUAGCGGAGGAAAAACAUGUCCACUACCCCAGAAAAAAGAUAAAGCUACGUAUGACGGAACCAAGCACACAUAUAAACCCGGAGACACCUUAUCCUACUCCUGCAAUCUUGGCUUCCGGCUACAAGACAAUAGCAGUAUACUCCAGUGUAAGAGCAAUGGACAGUGGAAACCUAGUGAUGUGAAGUGUCAACCGAUCAAAUGUGAGAGAUUUACCAUGGGCAAUGGUAAAAUAAACACUGGCCGUCUAAGGUUCAACACAACUGUUAGCAUCAGCUGCAAUGAUGGGUACCGCCUCAGAGGGCCGAGUGUCGUCACGUGUGGAGCAAACAGCUCCUGGACUCCAGCUCUACCCACCUGUGAAGAGGAGCUCGUACGGGUCACAUGCCCGCCCCCAGCCGUGCCGAACAGCAGCGGACAGGACGGAUACGAGAUAGAGUAUGAAGUCGGAGAACAGGCCACCAUCUCCUGUAAGGAAGGCUUCGAGCUGAUUGGCUCACCACAGGUCAUCACAUGUGGAGCAGACGGCCAAUGGCUGGGAAGGCCGGAAUGUCGUUUUACUGGAGGGAAAUGCCAGCCUCCGCCGUACUUCCCUCAUGCCCACACCGAGCUCAUUAACCUGAGACACUACGAGCCCAACACUGCCGUGCGUUUCAGAUGUAAUCACGGCUACCGCAUGGUCCGAGGACCGAGCACCAUAUACUGCAGGAACGGCCAGUGGACUGAGUUGGAGAUGAUAUGUGAAAAGAGAAAAUGUGGCUCGGCCGGCGAGAUUAUAAACGGACGUUAUCACUACACAGGCUCUUCGUUCGGGGACACAGCUACGGCCAGCUGUGACGAAGGGUACCACCUAGUCGGCGAGGCUGAGAGACAUUGCAGAGAAAAUGGAUGGGACAACAGAGUACCUGUGUGUGAGGCUCUCCAGUGCCCUGAGCCUCCAAUGGUGCCAGAUGCAGACCUAUUUUUAGACACAAGUGGAAUAAUAAAAUAUGGUUACAUGGCGUCAUACAGAUGUCGCUUUGGCACAUUGAUCGGCGCUUCAGACAUCAUCUGCACUGAAGAUGGUACAUGGAGUGCUCCAGCUCCUCGGUGUGACGUUGUUACCUGCCCUGCCCCUGACGUGAUGUCUGGAUUAAUAGUUUCUGGGACAAGGCCUCGAUACCAUUCCGGGAGCAAGGUGACAUUCAAAUGCAACCCAGGAUGGAGAUUAAUCGGCCCUGACAUCAUCACCUGUGGGGCAGAUGGACACUGGGAGCCAAGACUUCCUGAAUGCAGAAAAUGAUUCGCAGAGGGACUUUGCUGAAAACAAGACCACAGCACUAACUUCUCAUCUGGGAUACGUAAUACAUAAGCUUUCUUCAUCGAUUUUCUGUGACACCUAAGAAGCACAUUGAUCAUUAACAUUGUUAUAAUGCUAAAAUUAUAGUAAUAUUUGAUAUAAUAAAUUACAUAUUGGUUAAACUGCCGUCUAGCUGAAUUUUUAUCACUUGUCUUUAAAUAAAUAAUAUUACUAAAUAUAUUGAGUUGUGUGUACAUACGUGAGAUUUCUUGAUUCUGAAACCUUAUAUUUUCAUAUCACAAUCUCUUAUAUCUGUUAAUAAAUUAUUAAAAUUGUUGGAGCGGGAUUUCUGUACUUGUAUUUGUACCUGGAGCAGGACUCUUUUCCGUUAUGGAAAUCUUACCUGCUGAAAAAAACUAUGGAAAACCUCACAGAAUUUGUAAUGGUUUUAAUGGUUAUAAUGGGAAUUGUGUUGGUUUUAAUGGAAUCUGUAAUGGUCCCUGUGGGUCUCUAUUGGUAAUUUGUUGCCCUAUAUUUGUGGCAUGAUAAUGUCUAGUGGAUACCAUUAAUGGUAAUGGUUUUGAUGGUUAGAUGAUGGUCUGUAAUGGUAUUUGUAAUGGAGACCAUUAGAAUUUCUGUGAUGGUUUCUAUUGUUUUUUUUCAGCUGGGUUAUUUUGUAAAACAGAUUUAAAGGAUGUUCAAAAAUGACACAUUCCACCUUCUAAUUUGUCUAAUACUAUCACCAAAAGACAACAUUCUUAUGCAUAUAUACAGUAUGUUGGAUUUUAAUGGUAUUACCUGUUGUUGGGAUUUUCUAUUACAUAAGUAACACAUAAGUGUCUGCAGUUUAUUACUAUGAAUGUUAAUCUGAAUGUUAAUCUCUUAAUAUAUGUUGCUGUAUAAUUAGUUUCAUUUACAAAGAAUAUACAAAAUCCAGAUCUUUUAUUUUUUUGGAACAUUUAAUAAAGUUUGCUAAUAAGCCAUUACAA